UCAGUGCUUUUCAUUAUGCUAUGUUCAAAAUUUCCUUUUGUAAUCAUUGACGUAAUCACCCCUCGAUCUGAGUUCGGCCAUUUUGUCUCUUACCUGUAUGUCUCACUGUCAAGCAAGAUAAAUUUGUUGCGAAUUUCGGGGAACUUGCAGACGACAACCAGGUUCACUUUGUCUGCCAAUUAUUUGAGGUGUUACAUCAGUUGAGUUGGUGGCCUGGUAAAAAGCUGGGGAAGACAUAACAAUGAACAGCCAAUGUGGUGCCACACCUUUAUCUGCUCUUCCAUGCCAGGAUGAGCCAUUUCCGGAGAAUGAUAUUCCAACAUGUGGUCGCCGGUGUGGUAAGAAACUACCUUGCUCUACUCAAACUUUGUUGGUGCAAAGCUGAUAUCCUACUCCCUCCGCGAGUCGGUUAGCUAAGCUUGCUUCUGUCAUCCGAUUCGUCCGUCUGUCCUUCCUCCACGGCAACAGAGUUGUGUCCCUAGCUAGCAUUUCGCUAGGUCGCACUUCCGCCUCUGUCUUAUAUACCGUCAAACUCGCCGAUAUAUAAGUAGGUAAGCUAGCGUUUAUGACAACGCCUGACUCUCCCGAGAAUUUCAGGUCUCCACAGUUGACAUUUUAACGCGCCGAGGGGACGGCUGCACGCGACGCGCCAAUGAGCGUCGGUGACGGAGACGGCACGGGUAAAUGUGUGUACAAAAACGUCAAAACUCGGCGAAAAUGACUCGCUGUGCCUUCAAAACACACUACCAGUGAGUAGUCUACAGGUCAAUGAGAUAUAUCUAGCUAAACACAUGACUUUGCACUAGUAGGUGAAUGCAUGUCAUUUUUGGCGAGCGGGAGCGAGCACAAUCUGCACGAGCCAUCCUAGCCGAUUUAGAACUUGCACCUUGGAACCACGAAGAUUGGAAAGAGAUACAGCCUCGGUACCCAGACCCCCGGCCCAAAGGGGUCUGGUGACAGUUGAGCAAAUUCUUGGUUGUGCUGAUUCAGCAGUCUUAGCUUGGUGAAUGUCAUCUGUGCCCAUUAGCUACUGCUUGUAGACUGUGCUUGACCUUCUGUGUUUCAGCUGGUGUCAAGAUGAAUGUAGUGCUUUCACUUGGUCACACAGUUACACUUAUCUUCAUGGUCAACCUCUCUUUAUACCCAUGCGUGACCAUCAUAGAAGAUCAUAGCCAGUCAUUAGAAACAGAUAAAGAUAUAGGGAUGGUGUCAUGUAGUUUUGUGUGCCUUUGCUGUGUAAUGACCCCUUGUUUCUUCCUUUUUUGUGCUUCAAGCCCUCCCUGUGUCCCCCUUCAUUUUGAAGCAUUAAAGUGUAGUAGCUAGCUACUUACAAUUGCACUGCCAACAGGUGAGCAGCACAUUUGUCGUUCCCAAUGCCAUAACGGACCGUGUCCACCAUGCACAAAAUCCCACAUUGUGCAAUGCUAUGAGUGCAAGGUUGAAGUACGUCUUGACUGCCAAGAGAUUGACCUAACCAACCAGCAUGUGUGUUCAAAGUGCUUUAAGCCUUGCAAGAAAAUUAUGAAUUGUGGACGUCAUCAGUGUGACAAACACAACUGUGCAGAACAGGAAAUGGCACAUUUGUGCAAUAAGAAGUGUAUGAAACGUCUUCCUUGUGGUAACCAAGAUUGUGACCAACCCUGCCACAGUGGAGACUGUAAAGAAUAUACUGAAACAAGUAUAAAAAAGCUUUCAUGUGACUGUGGUGAGGAAGUGAGAGGACAGUGUGGAGCUAUAACACCAGAAUGCAAGAAACGAUGUGCACGAGUACAUGCAGGGGAAUCGGAUAGUUCAGUGACCCAUACAUGUCAUAAUAAAGAAACCUGUCCUCCAUGUUAUGCCAUAGUACAGAGAACAUGUGUUGGUGGACAUAACACAAGAACUGCCUAUUGUUAUGAAGAUAAAAUCACAUGCAAUGUGAUGUGUGAAAAACCCCUCCCAUGUGGACAUAAGUGUCAAGAAAAGUGUCACGAUGGUAUUUGCAAGGAGGAAUGCAAACAACCCUGUCUAAUUAAAUGCAAAAAUGGUAGUCAUCAGUGUGAUGCUACUUGUCAUUAUCCACAUAAAUGCCAAAAGACUUCUUGCAAAGAAACAGUUACUUUGAAAUGUAAGUGUAGUAAUAAAGAACAAAAGGCACUUUGCUGCUUAGUACAAGGCCAUGGAAAGCCUCUAGAAUGUGGCACAGGGUGCACUGCACAAGUGAAACGCAGGAGGGAUCCUGGUGUGGAUUUCGAAGAUUGGGUAAUUGCACAAUUGGAAUCAUUCAUUGAAAAAGCUCAGAAGGGACAAAUUCCACCAGAGUAUAAGUUUGAACCUACUACAAGCUACAACAGAAGGAUCAUUCAUACUCAAGCAACAGCACAUGGAUGUACAAGUGAAAGCUUUGGUGUUGAACCAAAUCGUUACACAAUGGUUUCUGUUACUAGUUCAGGGUGCUUAGACGAGGAGUUCCAUGAAGACUAUGAUUGUUAUGAUCCAGAUGUGGCAGAGGAGAAUGUAGCCCAUCCUCUACUGGAGAGAGAGUUUGAACUGGUGCAAGCUAUGUACGGUCAGAAUGCUCUCAAAACAAGAGUUUAUGGCGGAAUUGACGAGAUAGACAUCUUUAUCAACAUUGAUCUCAACACAUUUCUGGAUGAGCACAUGCCCUCUGCAUGGGGAGUCAACGAGAGUCAGCCCCUGGUAAUCUUGCUGCACAUCCUGAGCAUCAGCAACUAUUUGGAAGGUCUAGAACCCAAGGUGACUGUGUUCCAAGUCAAGGACGAUGUGGCACCAACAGCCAGUGCUUACGAUGGAAGCACUAAGAGACGCAAAAUUGGCAUCUGCAGCCAACUUGAAAAAAUUUUGCAGACAUUUGUUUCGAAGCAGUGGCGCAAAAUCAGUUUAUCCACUGUUGACAGAGCAAUGUCUGGAGAGACUCCUUCGUCCAAGACUCCAGGAACGUGUCAUACGGUGGACCAGAGGGAGGAUGCUAAGCUGGCCAAGCUGGUGGAGAUGGGGUUCGGGGCAGAGGAGGCCAGUGAGGCCCUCCACCAAUGCUGGGGAGAUGUGGAGGCUGCAUGUGAGCUCCUGGUCACCACUCCUUCUGGACCGUUCUCAUCUGGUGGUGGGAGUGGCUUCCUCUCCUCUCUUGUCAGGUAUUACUCCUGCUGGUGGCACAUAUUUUAUCUCUUAAGUUAAGUAUAAACCUGAUUGCUCACCAAUAACCACAAUAAUUCAAAUGUAGUUUUCUGCCGGGAUAUACACGACAAGACUCAAUGGGAGCCCAGUUGGAAGUGACGGAACACCAUGAUCCUGAGGGGGACAAGAGGACCCCUAGUCUGGAGAAAGGGUUUCUGGUCCAGGUGGUCCGCUAUGCUCUCAACAGACUGAAGUCUCUCAAUAAAUUCUGUGUCAUAUGUGACGAAAAACAUGUGCUAGAGUCUGGACUGAUCAAACCCUGUGUCUGUACUCGAGACCUUUGUGUGUUUGCCUUCCAAACACUUGGAGUAAUGGCUGAUGGUGCAGAGGCCAUUGCAUCUGACCGAGAUGAAGAUUGUGUACACUUGCUGAUGUGAAUGUCUGUGUUAGUUACUGUGUUUAUUACAUACCAAACUGUAGCGCUGUGAGUUGUCAUACAGUGCUAUUCACUGCCACGUCACUUGCCAUG